AUGAAUGGAUACCAAUUAUUUUGUAAAGAAGAAGCUUCUAACGAUGACUCCUUGAAGUCUUUUUCAUUUCACGCUAGAAAUGUUGAAUUUGGACAACGAUGGCGCUGCCUGGAUAAAAGCCAACGAGAAGGCUAUAUAAAUAGAGCAAAGACAGAUUGCUCUGUUUUAGACCACGAAACGCGCAAGAAACGGGAGUUGAAAAAAAUUUUGAAGAAGUUGGAUGCUUUGAAAGGAAUGAACAUUGAUUACUUUUUCGUGGCUGCCGUGGAAUCUGGUGUUGAAGUGCAUGGCUCAAAGUCUGCCUUACAAUACUGCAAAAGAAAGAGCAUCCCCGCUUCAUUUUAUGCUUUUGUAAACAGCUCUGGAGCAAUUGAGUCAAACGACAACGUUGAAACUGUUACCGAUAAUCGCAUGGCAAGAUUGAAACAGAAGAGGAAAUCUUUGCGUGAUAUUUUAAAUCAGAAAUACUGUGAAGCAACUGGAAUGGACAAAGCAAAAGUGCCAUACACUUCUCUUUUGAAAGGGGAUUUCAAAUAUGUAGUAUGCGGAAUUCCAGAACACGCAUCAUUACGGGAUCCAUCGACUAUGGGAGAAGCAGCAUUGGAUUUAUUUAUUGAAAAAUCAAAUGAGCUUACGUUUGUGGAAAGGGAGAUAGUGGAAGGAAAUAAUGUUCUUCAUGCAGAAAAUGUUGAGGAAUGUGACAAAGAGCAAGACAAUGGCGGCCACAUCCAAGAAGUUGUUGAAGUUAGUGGUGAGAAUGAUGAUAAUAGUCAUGGCGAACUUGUUAACAACGUUUCCGACGAAUAUGAUGUUGGCCAUGGACAAAGAACUGAUAAUGUUAAUAAUGGUUGUGACAAUGGUGAUGUUCCAGGUGAUAGAGAAGAUGUUAUAAAUAAUGGUGGCGAUGAUGAUGGUAAUUCUGGGAAUGUAUUUUGUGGACGAGACGGAACAGUUAAUGAAGGUGACGGACACCUUGUAACAGAAAACGCCGUGCCUAAAAAAGUUGAUAAAGAACACAGGAAGGGAAGAAGUAACAACAAAAGAAAAAGAAAAGAGGCAAAGUCCAGUGACAGAGAAAGUGUUUCUUGUACAAAGAAAAGAGCUAGUCAUUUGACAUCCUAUGACAAAUGUAAAGCCUUUCUUUGUCAAGAACCAUCUUCCAAAGAUAAUGGAAUGGUGGAUUGGGUGUUGUGUGAUGUUUGUCAACAAUGGUACCAUUCGAAUUGCGUUGGCAUUACGACGAAGCAGAAAGGAAAAUUUGAUUGCGGGUGCAAUGUAUCUUACUUUACUCAUGGGUAA